UAGAGAGAACUCCUAGCACUAAUCUAAACUUGCCCAAAAAAGGAAAGAGAGAGAAAGAUUGUUAGAACUGAAAGGUCGGAUUUUGGGUUGGUUAGAUUAUUAUAGAGUGCUUUAAUGGGGGAAUAUGCGAAUGGGUUUUGGUAUUGGGUGGCUGCUGGUUCAGUGCAGACGGCCAUGGGAGUUGUUGCUUACAGAAGGGGGUGUGGGGAUGGCCUGAUGCCUUUUAAAGCUUUUGGGAUUGCUUCAUUAUUUGUGGGUGCAGGGGCCAGCGCCAUUGGUGGUCUCCUGCAUGCUUCUGGGAUUCAUGAGGUGGAAGAUGUGAAGGAAGUGGGUAAAAGCCUAAGGAGAAGAUUGGGAUUUCCUCCAAGGAACUUUUAGCUUCCAUUAAUUUAUGUAAACUAUUGCUUCAUUUGAGUCAUUUUUCAAGGAUAAAAAAAUAGUUGGAAAAGUUGAAGGUGCAGUCAUUUCAAGUGAUUAUUUGGUCACUCAAUUUUCAAAUCCUGCUUCACUGAGUCAUGUCUGAUUGAAAAAAACUAGAAGGUUGGAAAAGAUGAAGGAAAUUUUGGGAAUUUUCAAGUGAUCCCCACUCAUUAGAUUUA